AUGGAUUCUAAAAGCAAAACAAUUGUUUACGAGUUUCUUGCAAAAAGGCCGGAUAUCUGCCAAAACCUCCGACUCCAUCUCCAGGAGCAGCAAAGCCGCGAUGGAGCUUCUGAGCGGGUGGUGGACGUUGCCAGAACACUCGAGGUUCUCCAGGAUGUGGGAGUGCUCUCAGAAGUCCAGAACCAGCUUGCUGCAUAUAUGCACUCGGAGCAGCAUCCCGUUCCACCGAAGCCUUCUGGGCAAUCAACAGAAAUGCUGAGGGAGCAAGGUGGCUCGGAAAUGGAUAUCCGUCAGGAGCAGGAGGAGACUGGUGCUGCUAUUCCUUCCGCUCUACGAUGUGACACCGGAAUCGCAGUAGCGGCUUCUUCACCUGCAUGGGCUGAUGAAGACCAGCCCAGCUGCAUACCUGACAUCGCUGACACCGGCACCCUUCCCUAUCUCCUUUGCCGCUUCUGCGAUGGGCACGGCUUCGCCGAAUAUGAAGAUCAAGCUCAACGCGCUCACUCAUUCUUUGUGGUGCACGUAUCGUUCGGAAACCAGCGAUUCCGAAGUCGGCCUGUAGAGGUUCACAGACCGGUGAAGCUACAUGGAAUAGGCGCCAAAGAGGGACUGCCUAUUGGAGAACUAGAAUUGGAAAUACAGCUGCUGCCUCGCAGAGAAGAAGCGCAACUGAGCCUCGCGGCAGUGGAAUCCCAGCUCCGUCACAGCGACGAUGACAAGCACAACGCCUUACGACAGGCCAUGUCCGUCGCGGAGAGUUGGUGGAAUGCAUACAAGCAGAUGCACCAUCAUUUUAGACACAGAUUAGUCAAGAUUUUCGCAAAAACCGAAUUUGGAGAGCAUCUCCCAGUAAACUCGUUUGUGUGCCCCCUGUCGCCCAGGGUUGAGAACUGCUCAUCCUACGCUCUCGACAGCCCGUUCCACUGUGCCCGCUUCGUGGCGACAAUUGAGACUGAGACGCGUGGGAGUACGAACGGGGCGUUGACCGACUGUGGCAGUGGCGUCUGGAGUAGUUGGCAUGCCCUUUUUGCUCGAGGAGCUGGCACUGUCGAGGACCAUGCCACCCUUCUCUGCUCGUUGCUCCUCGGUUUCUCUAUGGAUGCCUGGGUCGCAGUAGGCCUUUUGGCAGAGGACUUGCCGUACUGCUGGGUGAUCACGAGGGACCGUUGCGGCGACCCGAAAGUCGCAACCUUCUGGGAUGCUUGUACAGGCCAACGGCUGGCUUCGUACGAUCCCGCCAUCGCCGUUCGAUUUGCCUCGGUUCACUGUGUGUUCAACCAUACAGCAUUCUACGCAUGCUGCUCGGUCAUUUACUCUUCCGAUAAACUCCAUUACCACUUUGAAGGAGACGAGUCGAUGUGGUGGAAAAUGCCCGAGGCGGUCUUCAACUCACCUCACCUAAAGAUGGAAGACAAUCUCAGACAUAUGAUCGAGAACUACCGUCGGUCCAAACUCGAAGGAAUGGAAACGCAGUGGGACGAUGUCAUGUCCACAGUUUUGUCACUUGCACUGAGCAACUAUGAGACUGAGCGUACAAUUGGCGUAACGUUCGGCGACAGGCCGUUCCGCGACAUCAUCAAAGGCUUGUGCCAAACAUACACUUUUAAGGCCUGUCCACUACAUUUCACCACCGGCGAAGUGUCAGCCUACUUUGGCGCCCUCCUGAAUCACCCUGUUGGGCGCCACAUUCUCGAGUUGCCUUUGGGACCAGUGAAAAGUGUUUACGGGUUGCGGUGCAAAAUAUUCAAGCUUCCAGAAGACCAAAUCUCCGUGUGGGUUAUCUUGGCUGUUCGUCACUACCCAAGCUGCUAG